AUGAGGAUUGUCCCUGUUUUGGUUUGGAUUCUCUUCCCAGGUUGCUGGGCAGUGACAGGCCCUGGCACAGCGCAUGGCCAGCUGGGUGGCUCGGUGUCUGUGCGGUGCCAGUACGGGGCAGGCUAUGAGGCUUAUCCGAAAUUCUGGUGCAGACGCAAAGUUGUGCUGUGUUUCAAUCACCUCAUCUUUGAGACCACGGGGUUGGAGGCUGAGGAGACGUGGGGCAGAGUCUCCAUCUGUGACAAUCACACCCAGCGCGUUAUCACAGUAACCCUGGAGAACCUGACACUGGCAGAUGCAGGGACUUAUCUCUGUGGGGUAGCCAGGAUUGGCCUCCCUAAUCCCAGGGACUCCGUCGAAGUCAUCGUCUCCCCAGCUGCAGCUCUUCCUUCUUCAAUCCCAACGGAAAAGGCACCACAGGCAACACACCAGCCAGCUGCUCCUGCCUUCACACGGAUUUCCGCUGGAAGCCAUGUAUCUAGCUCAUUUACGUCCUCAAGUAACAGCUCCUUGGACAGCAGACACAUCCAAGCACAAUCCCAACCCAACAUCCUCUAUCCCUUGUUCCUGAUCGUCCCCAUCUGCCUGUGCAUAGUCUGUACUGUGACCUGGGUGAGCGUACAGUACAGGAGGAACUCCAGGGAGAUGGUGCCAAACAGACACGCUGAGGAAUUGCCCCUCUCCUAA